GGGCUCAGUACUGUCUCAUUUCACUUUUGCCCUUCGAGUUGCCUUCUUAGUGUUUUCUCUCUUCGUCCGUCCUUCACGUUUGAUCUGAUUUGGCAACACUGCAGGUUAUUUUCUAUCCCUGGUUGUCAGGUUUUCUUACUCCAUCCUCACCGCAGAGGUGCUGUGCACAAUGGGGAAGACAGAGCUACACUCUGUGUACAAAAGCUUCCUGGACUGUCUUUGCCUGUGUUUGUCACGUGGAAGUGAUGAACCAGCAACUGAGACUGGCAGGGACACGGCGAAUGGCCACCUGGUCUACAAAAAUGGAGACAUUCUAGAGGACCGAUAUGAGAUCCUCGACACGCUCGGCGAAGGAACCUUUGGGAAGGUGGUGCAAUGUUUGGAUCACAGAAGAAAUGGACGACAAAUUGCUCUGAAGAUCAUUAAAAAUGUCGAGAAGUACAGGGAAGCAGCCAAAUUGGAGAUUAACGUGCUGGAGAAAAUUAGACAGAAAGAUCAGCACAACCUAUACCACUGUGUGCAGAUGCUGGAUUGGUUCAACUACUACGGCCACAUCUGCAUCUCUUUCGAGCUCUUGUCACUCAGUACUUUCGACUUCCAGAAAGGCAACAACUUCCUGCCUUACCCCAUCCACCACAUCCGACACAUGGCCCAUCAGAUCUGCCGCGCCGUCAGCUUUCUCCAUGACAACAGGCUGACUCACACCGACCUGAAGCCAGAGAACAUCCUUUUUGUCAACUCUGACUACUCUGUCAUAUACAACGCUGACAAGAAGUGCAAUGAGAGGCGAGUCAACAACACCACUGUCCGUGUCGUUGAUUUUGGCAGUGCAACAUUCGACAUGGAGCACCACUCCACCGUCAUCUCCACGCGCCACUACCGAGCCCCUGAGGUCAUACUGGAGUUGGGUUGGAGUCACCCUUGCGAUGUUUGGAGUAUAGGUUGCAUCCUGUUUGAGUACUAUGAAGGAUUCACUCUGUACCAGACUCAUGAUAAUAAGGAGCAUCUUGCUAUGAUGGAACACAUCCAUGGACCGAUUCCACUGAGAAUGGCUCGAAGGAGCAGAAAGCAGUGCUAUUUCCACUGUGGCCGUCUCAACUGGAAUGAGAGUUCCAAGUCUGGACGCUACGUCAAAGCCAAAUGCAAGCCUUUGCGAAAGUACCUGUUGUCACAGGGCAGAGAACACCAUCACUUUUUUGACCUUCUGGAGAAGAUGCUGGAGUAUGAGCCUUCCAAACGCAUCACUCUUUCCUCUGCUCUCAGCCACCCUUUCUUUAUGCAAACUCAACAUUCAGACAGGGGUCAAACAGCCAGAAAUAGCUAUAAUAUGGGCAGAUAAAAUUUUCUAGAAACCAUUGAGGUUUACAGGUCAUAUUUUAAGGUAGCAAAUGCUGUUCCUCAAGAGCGGUUCUCAAAAUGCUGCAUUUUGUUGAUUGGCUGACCAGAACGGUCGUUUCUUGGCAACAACAGAAAUGGUGGCAAACACUGCUAUGUAUUGCGCGCGUCUAUGCCCGGCUCUUUAUCUAGUUGGAACUGUUACGUCCAUUCUGCACACAGUAGAUACAGCAGUUAAAUCAGAGUUAAUUCAUCUGAGGCCUACCGUGGUGAAAGAUAAAAAUAAAAUAAAAAAAAAAGAAACGUGCUGGUUGUCAUGCAUACAGUGGCGACCUUCUAUUCAGGUUACUGGAAGGGCAGUGUCUUGCCAGACCCAGCAGGUGGCAAAUAUUUUGUACUUACUUUAAAUCCUAUAAGAACUAUAAUUGUGUAUGUACUGUAUGUAUUGUAUAAACUUGCAAUCCUUAUAUUUUUGUAAAAUAAAAAAUCAUUGGAGUACCUACCUUAAAGUAGUACUGGGAGAGACUUUAUAUCAUGACUUUGGUUUGGUUCAAAAAUACUGCGCACUUUGAAAACGAGGGCGCCACUGCCACCCACUGAGUGGAUGUGCAAUUACACUAGUACAGCAAGAAAAUGUACUGUAUUGGCCCGAAUAAAAGACUGUGUUUUUUGCAUUGAAAUAAGACUGAAAAAGUGGGGGUUGGCUUAUAUUUGCGGUCUAUACAUUAUACCCAUUCACGACGCUAGAUGGUGCCAGAUAUCAUUGAAACGAUGUUCUGUCAUGACUGAUCUCAGCUACUCUCAAGUUUAACCAGUUUGCAUUAUUUUAUUGCCAUGCUUUUCCUUAUUCAGAUUUGUUUGAAGACUACAGUUACAGUUAGACUUCACUUUGAUGGUUAAUGCAGUUAUUCAGGGUACCCGCGGGUUAUUAAAAGUAUUAAAAAGGCAUUGAAUUUAGUUUUCCAUUGUUAAAGGUAUUAAAAGUGUUAAAUUAGCUGUCGUAAGUCUGGAAUUUUUUCACCGUGGUUUUAAUUUUCAAGAACAUCUUAGUGCACCCUAAAUUAUAUCCGUGACGAAGUUGUUGUUUUUUUUUUAAUCCAUAACGAAGAUGACGCGUAGAAUUUUUACGAUGCACUGCACCUCAUGCGUGCGCGCCGUUAGCAUCAACAUCACAACAGCAGGCAAUCGCACAGUACCAGGCCCGGAGUGGCUAAUCGGGAGAACCGGGACAGUUCCCGGUGGGCCGGCCUGACGUUUGGGCCAGUCGUAAUACACAUUUUUAACGAAGCUUUCGGUUAAACUGUUUACUAACGGCAUCACGCAACCCCGCUUUGCGCGAUAAAUUAUGGCCCUUCUAGCAUUCCGUAGUUUGAAAUUCGAUACCCCGCAACAGGCUCCCCUCUCACUCUCCAAUGCCGCCAGCUCUGCCUCUGGGAAAGAGUAUCAUGAUAUCAUCCUGUUGACUUGAUUCUGGAAAAACUUAAUUUUGGGUUUUAAUGGCCGAAAUGGGGCACGUUGAGGCAGCAUGACGAGCGUGAACCUGUCUGGCUGUUGGCGCGACCCAUUAUCGUUGUUUUUGAGCAUGUUUGGAUAAAAGUACAGCGAUAAACUGUAAAUGAACAUGCAGAAUGAAAUAUUUUUCAUGAGAGCACCACUAAAACUUCCACCAUGGAGGCUCCAGGCACUAUUUUUGGACACAAAGACGGAGGAUUGGGGUGAAAUCCACGUUCUCAGGCAAAACAUAAGUUGGGCAUUUUAACCCAAAACAUUGCACUCUGAGGUGGACUGAUGAGCGUGAACUACCCUGAAAUACACAGGUGUCUGAACUGUAUAAGUGCAUUGGGAGACAGCCGUUUUGGUGAGUUCAAUUAUUCUUUCAAUCAGUCAUUCAAUCUUUCACAUUUAAUUGCGGUAAUUUUAUGUCUUGAAUAAUAUGAAAACACUCAUAAGUAAUGAUAUAUUAUAUACAUUUUUUAUUUAUUUAAACUAUAUACAGUACGCCCCCAAAAUUUUGAAUAUCAAGUAAAAGUUGUUUUAUUUUGGUAGAUUAAACCAACAAAAUUGAGUAUGUCAAUUUGCAUGUACCACAAACCAAAAAAAAAAUGAUUAUGAUGAAAAGCUUCAGUUUUGUACACACUUGCCACAUGUGUAAUUCAAAACACCUGCAAAAGGUUCCUCGUUCUUUAAAAAGUCAGUCUAAUAUAAGAUAAAAUUAUAGCUAGUACCCCAAAAAUAAAAUGGGAACUUCACACAGAACCUGCGCUUGAGCCCUUGACCUCAGAACUGUCAGUAGACAUGGUCUUCCUCUGUGCCUCCCUUUUUAUAAGUUAUUUGGGGAAAAUUCAUAUUUGAUUAAUCUUUACAAGUGUAAAGGAAAACUCUUUUCUUGUUUAUAAUGAGGCUUAAAUUUGAUGAACUCCUGUGCUAAUAGGUGUAUUUAGAAAUUGAAAUAUAUAAUUUAGGCAUUUUUAAAAAUCGCAAGUGUACUAUUGACAGCAUGCGAUUAGUCACGAUUUUAAAAAAUUAAUCGCUUGACAGCACGAUUAUUAUUACAAUAUUUUAAUAAGGUAGGUCAUGACAUAAAGAGGGCCGGUCUGUGGCACAAAACUUUUUUUUUUUAAUUGUAUCUUCAAUAAAUGUGCAUUCUUUUGUCAAACACACUUAGUAAUUGAGGUUAAAUUUGAUGUUCAGUGCUUUAUUUUUUUAAUAUGAUUCAAUAUUUAAAUAAUGGGUGCGAGAAAAGUAUUAAUUUUCAGUUGAAAUGGCAUUAAAAAAGGUCUUAAAAGUCUUGAAUUUAGAUUUAUCAAUCCUGGGGGGACCCUGUUAUUGCAAUUUUGUUGUUUUAUCACAAUAGAUUGGUUUAUUUCCAUUUCAAAAACCAGAAGCCAUUCAUUUACGAAUGUGAUUGCACUUUAGUUUACAUAUUUAAAUGUUCAGAUAUUAAGAUUUCGAAGAGGCAAAAUAACAUGCUCUUUCUCUCAAAUAUAUUGUUAUAAUCAUGUUUCACAUGUACUGCAAUUGUUUUCUGUAUAAAAAUUAAUUUGGUGUUCAAAAAGUCUUUUUUCAAACUUGAGUCUUGAAAAAGAGGGGGUCGUCUUAUAAUCAGGGCUUCUUAAAUUCGGGCCAAUACGGUAUGUUCCCCGAGGUCACAUGCGCCACCACCGGCAUCGUUCUGCGUGCCCCACUAUUUGAGAAGUACUGAUUUAGACGCAUUUUUUGUACAGUCAGUAUACAAAGUAUGACAUGAUAUACAAUCAAUAUAAAUGAAAGAAGGAAACUAGGAUGACACAUAAUUUACUGUUGUUUUUGCGAUAAUUAUCGCCAUUUCGACCAGCACUAGAAGUCAUAACUGCCAUAAGCAAGGUUAUCUAAUUCGUCCUUGACAAUUGUUUGUUUUCUUCGGUCUGCAAGUUCUUGUCGCUCCAUCAAUGUGUUUUGUAUUGAACCUGUUUUGAGAUUCAGCUCUGGUGUUUGUAUUGUUUCAACUAAUGACUCCAAGCUUGUCGGAAAGGGAGGGAACAAAAGGACCAAAUGUCACGCUCGCACGCACACGUAUGGAAACAGACAGAAACUGCUUGCUUAUGUGCCAUUGAAUGUGGCAACUUGAUUGAAUGCAGAGCGCAUAGUCAAGGCUGCCGGUGUGCGUUCUUGCCUCCAACCUUGGUCGAUCCCUGUGUGUUUCCGUGUGUGUGUGUGUGUGUGAGUAGGCGGCAUGUAUGCUUAUCUGCUUUUCAUCUUUUCCUGGCAAUGCUAACAUUUGAUUUGAUUUGAAUACAUUAAAUUUGAAACAGCACAGUGAAGUACUAACAAAUCCUUGAAGUUUGAACUGUCCCUGUACUGUGGGUUUUCUCC